AUGGUGCUGGUAAACGCUGUUCGAGAGUACAUCAACCGAAUGUUUCAAGACAUUUCGGGGAUGAAAAUUCUCAUCCUUGAUUCCGUUACGGUUAGUGUUGUCAGUGUUGUAUACUCUCAGUCAGAGCUACUUCAGAAAGAAGUUUUCUUGGUAGAACUUAUAGAUUCUAUUACAAUGUCGAAAGAACCAAUGUCGCACCUAAAAGCAGUGUACUUCCUCCGGCCAACAUCUGAGAAUAUUCAACAUAUGCGGCGCCAGCUGGCAAAGCCUCGGUUUGGCGAGUAUCACCUUUUUUUCUCAAACAUGCUGAAAGAUACCCAGCUCCAUAAUCUAGCUGAUUCAGAUGAACAUGAAGUUGUGCAGCAGGUGCAGGAGUUCUUUGCUGAUUUUGUUGCUUCAGACCCUUUCCACUUCACUUUAAACAUGGGAUCCAACCACAUGUACAUGAUCCCAGCAGUUGUUGACCCGACGCGUUUGCAGCAGUUUUGUGAACGAGUUGUUGAUGGAAUAGCUGCUUUGUUUUUGGCGUUAAAACGAAGACCAGUUAUCCGGUAUUCAAGAUCAUCAGACAUUUCAAAACGGAUAGCCCAGGAAGUGGGGAAACUGAUGUACCAGCAGGAAAGUGGUCUUUUCGAUUUUAGACGGACAGAAGUUGCUCCCCUGUUGUUAGUUAUUGAUAGAAGAGAUGACCCUGUUACCCCAUUGCUCAAUCAAUGGACAUACCAGGCUAUGGUGCAUGAAUUAAUGGGCAUUCAAGACAAUAAAGUAGAUUUGAGAAACAUUGGCAAGCUUCCCAAGGAUCAGCAGGAGGUUGUUCUAUCGUCUGAGCAGGACGCAUUCUUCAAGGCUAAUAUGUUUGAAAAUUUUGGGGACAUCGGAAUGAACAUUAAAAAAAUGGUUGAUGAUUUUCAGCAAAUUGCAAAGAGCAACCAGAACAUCCAGACCGUGGAGGACAUGGCUAAGUUUGUUGACAACUACCCUCAAUAUAGAAAAAUGCACGGAAACGUUUCAAAACAUGUGACGAUUGUAACUGAAAUGAGCAAGAUAGUUGAAGAAAGAAAACUCAUGUUAGUUUCUCAGACAGAACAAGAGCUGGCUUGCAAUGGUGGUCAAGGGGCAGCUUUUGAGGCUGUGACAAAUCUUCUGAAUGAUGACAGUGUCUCUGACAUUGAUCGACUACGUCUAGUAAUGCUAUAUGCCUUGCGCUAUGAAAAGGAGAGUCCUGUCCAACUGAUGCAGUUAUUUAACAAAUUGGCGUCCCGAUCUCCCAAGUAUAAGCCUGGGCUUGUGCAAUUCUUAUUAAAGCAAGCAGGAGUUGAUAAGCGAACUGGGGAUCUGUAUGGGAACCGCGACCUUCUAAAUAUUGCACGCAAUAUGGCUCGUGGGCUUAAGGGGGUCGAGAAUGUGUACACCCAGCAUCAGCCACUUUUGUUUCAAAUAAUGGAGAGCAUUACCAAGGGGCGAUUGAAAGAUGUCGACUAUCCUUUUGUGGGGAAUCACUUUCAACAAGGGAGGCUCCAAGAAGUGAUUAUAUUCAUUGUUGGUGGGACAACUUACGAGGAAUCACGUUCGAUUGCCCUACAAAAUGCUCUGAAUUCUGGCAUCCGUUUCAUACUUGGUGGUUCUGCAAUUCUGAAUUCUAAGUGGUUCUUAAAAGAUCUAGAAGAAGCUCAGAGGAUUGUUCGAACAAGCACGAACUUGCUAUAA